UAUUAGACGACGUUCGAAAAAAGCCAACUUUCAGUACGGAAAAGGAGACACUAAUGUAAAGUGCAGUGCAGUGCGCAUCAAACAUACGGCCCCAAAGGAAAGGGUGGCGAAAACACACAACCCCUAAUCUACACAACGUCUACAUACACGACAGAAGAGAAAAAACCCCACACAACACCGUGUAUCAGAAAGUAAAGGCACAGCCAGCUAUACAAAAUUACUGACACACGGACAACGGAUCACCCCCAUAGAGUACAAGUUGGUGCAAUAAUUCGCUUUACGAAUAGAACGAACGAGUAGAUCACAUACAGGUGGUGUGGCGAAAGAAACGCAAAGGCACGCGUUUGCAACGAGACGGCAACAAAACAGUAGAUCGCAAUCGCGAUCAUCGAGAGCCGCCCCGCAGCGUCAUAGUGACUUGUGGUGGUUGGUGCAGGGGCGCCCAUUCCCAUAUGCUGGCCGAUAAUAUGCGCAGUAGAACUGUGCAGACCUGCAGGCGGCAACACUGUAGCGUAUAGAAACUGCAGCAACACUGCCGCCAGAGAUACGACUUACUGGCAAAACACGAUCGAGUGUACGGAAUCGAUCAGCUUCAAUACAGUGCGCAGCUAGUAUACGGGAAUAAUAAUAAGGUGCAAAACAGUAAGACAGCGUGUUUGGAGCAAUAAUCUAACAUCGACGAGCACACGUGAAAUAGUGUUGUAUUAACGAUGCGCCUUACCGGUGGCAUCGCAAUCGGUCUGUCACCGCAGUAGCGGCAUGGAACGAAAGUGUUUUUGGAGUGUGUCUCGCACAAGCGAGUAAUGUGCUGAACUACAAUAAACAUCCUAACAUCAUUUGGAAACGAAGAACCGAGCGUACAAGGGAAUGUUGCUGAGAUAGUCGAACCAGAAGUACAGGUCGAACGAUCUGAGUUACAUUCUUUACACGAAACGAUCAUCGUCGAAACGUCGAUUCGUCGUCCGAGUGAACAUUAACCUCCGGAACUGUAAUCAUUUCGGUCGCCUUAUAAGGAAUGCUGCUAAGCUAAAGGAUCGAAGAGGAUAUCGAAAGCGUUGGCGAGACUGAUCAAACGAAUGCGGUGGUGCGGUUCGUCUAGUGUACCGCUGGUAGGCGUGGGGAAACGCGCGAGGAGGCAGGAAAUAAAGCGAACGAAGGAAACCGAAAGUAGAAGGAAGCCUGGUGGACGGUUGUCGUAGAAUACGAUAGAAAGUAUCAGCAACACGCCAUCACGAUGUUCAUAUUCCACGUGGAUCAAGGUCGCAUGUUGACCUUUAAGACGGAGUGCAUGAUGAAUGACAUUCGGAAGCUGAAGGAGAUGAUAGAACGGAACCACGCAAUACCGGCCAGGAAUAUCGUACUGCUUGUCAGCGGUGGCGUGCUGCUGCACGAUGACAGUCGCGCCUGUGAUUAUGCAACUGGCACUGACACAAAUCCGAUCUAUAUGUUUUGUAAAACGGUCGGAGAGUCGCCGCUUCUGUCACCCGGACCCAUCAAGGAGACUGAGGUCGAUCUGGAAGGUCUAGUGAGGAAAAGUCUGGAGCUUCCCAUUUCAUUUUCGACGCUCGCUGCACGUGCACAGUUGGCUCAAAAUAUCUAUGAGAUGGGUCGCGAGGAGCUGCGGCGUUGUGAAGCGCUCGUACAUGAGCAACAUCUGCAACAGCAGGGCUGGGCGGCAGUUGUCGCAAACAUGGAGGACACAAUCAAAGAGUUUCAGGCAAGGCGCGAGUGUUUUAAUGCUUUUUACGAGGAACAGUUAGAGAUUCACGGGGAACAGAUGAAAAUUUUGGAAGAUUUUGACAAAAGCCUACAACAGCUGGCAGACAUUCCAAUCCUAUCGCCACUGAUGGAAAAUGCCGAAUCACGCCCGUACGGCGUGUUUAAUGAGGUGUUUAACCCAAGCAUAACGACAAACAGUGGUACUAGCAGAACGGCUAGUAAUAACAAGCAAUCCGAGCAAGUAGCAGCCGGUGCGAUUGAAUCUUCGAGCCAGGCACCGACGGAAGGGAGAACAAGUGACGAUACGGGUACACAAACGGCAAAUUUGUCAGAGCCUCAAAACCCAGACGCGGUGGAAAGUGGUGCAGAAAUGACAACAGCUGAAGGUGCAACGAAUGAGAUCGUGUUGACGGAGGUGGAACGAGCGAGAGGUAUAUCGCUGCUCGACUGGAUAUCCGAAAGGAAGGGUCAUCUAACGCUAAAGCGUAUGGCCGAGGAAUGUCGGAUCAAUAUCGACAAAUUCAACCGAGCACAAUUGAUGAACUUCAAUGAACGCAUUGACAAAGCGGUGAAACAAUCGCAAAGUCAUGAAAUAAAGGUCGUCAAGGGAUUGGAGGAACGAUUACGAGGGUUGGAUGAAUUGCUAGCGACCGCAAAAAAACUUCUCGACGAUCAAAAUGCAAGAGCGCAAGGUAUUUUGAAAAAUCAGGAACGUGCGACCAAAAUCGGUGAUGUUUCAGUCCUUCCCGAUCUGUGUUCGAUGCACCAGAACACGUUGCAAGUGAUGAAAGGCAACCAUGAAAAUCUUCUGGAAUAUCGGCGUCGUUGCACGGUUGCGAAGGAUGAGCUUGGUUUCAACCUAACCAAAAGAGUAAAGUACAUUAUGAACGUGGAAACAAGGGUGCAUGAGCUGGACAGUACCCUGCAACUUUACCAUACGUCGCUGCAGCGCUUGCGAAAGCAUCUGAACAUCAUCGAUCAAAUUCAUCUGGUGCCCAGCACAUACGUGAGCGCCGUGACGGAAGUGGUCCGUCGGCGUAUGUUUUCUAGCGCAUUCUUAAAGUGGGCUUCCGAUUUGGCAUGCCGCCUGAUGAUGAUAUACAACGAGGAAGUAGCAAGACGUGACAAUUUUGCUAAAAUGUUUGAGGGUCACUUCCUGAGCACUCUGUUUCCAGGCAUGAACGAUAUGCCACCGUCCUACGCCAUACAGGCACCAUCGGUGUUCGAUUCUAGUCUACCAGCGUUGGACAAGCAGGACCUUGUAGAACUGUCCCGUUACCUGCCUGAACUGACGGAAAGGUAUCCGCUACCGAAUAUAGCUUCUGUGAUAGAUUUUUUUCAAGCUCGAUCGGUAGAGCAGCAGCGACUGCAGCAAAAUGAUGGUAGUAACGCCGAGAAAGACGAUGUCUCCAUUCGAAGCAAAGACAACGCAAAUGCAUCCAGUAACGAAAACGUCGAAUCUUCGAAUGUGGCCGACCAGCAAACAGGCGUAAAAGAAAGUGAUAACAGGAUUGGAGCGGAAUCGGAAACCGACACCGAGGAUUAUGAAAAGGUUCAGAAUCAAAGUCCACUCGGUGGAUGUUCCAGGCGAGAGGAUACACCGAAGAUACCUGUUGCGAUGACGUGCACCGUUGCUACUUGCACCGAACCGAUAGAGACGGUUUGUGCGGAGACACUAACAGAGGAUAAUAUCGGCACGACGCGCUUGGAAGUGGAAAGACUCAAAGGUUUACUCAGCAGUGUUCACCAGCUAUCGCAGGAUUCGAUGAUGAUGUUGCGGGAUCAGUUGGCACGGGUGCGUGCCGAGUCCGAAACCAAUCGCACGCAGUUCCAAUCAGAGUUAAGUGCAGUGGAUCGGGCGUGGAAUGAUAUUCAGCAGAUGGCACGCAAUCGCGAACGAGAAACUAUUCAGCAGCUAACGGUCGAUCACGAGUUGGAAAUGAACGACUUACGCAAGAGCGUUCAUCAGAUGGAUGAUGAAAUUCAAUCGCUACGGUCAGACAACAGUACAAUGAAGGCGAGCCACAUCGAAACAGUAUCGAGUUACGAGCAAGAAAAGAAGUUACUGAAUGAUCAGAUUGCCCAAAUGCACAAGGUAAUCGAACGGCAGGAGAGUCAGCUAGCGAAUUCCGAGACAGACCAUAAGCAGGCAAUCCAGGAGGUAAUUGAGCAGUUGGAGCACAAGCACCGAACCGAAAUUGAAUCGUUACGCUGCCGGUUCAAGCUAAUGGCGACCAGUAUGGAUCGUUCACCAUCCGACACGAGUCUUGAGAAGAUCGAGAAGCCGGACAUGAUCGACAUUGGGACGCAUGAGCAGCUGCUGGCGCAGGUGCGUGAUGAUUGCCAGCAAGAAAAAGAACGAGCAGUAAGGUCGGCGGUCGAGGAAGCACGACAACGAUGGGAAGCAAAUGCCAUUGGCAGUGGUGGCGUUGCUGUUGGUAGUGCGGGCAGUGCGGGACGGUUGCACCGUUCGUAUGGAGCGGCUGGUUCACCUAGCAGUGGCAGCCAGGACGUGUACAAGCGCAUCCUGGAUGAAAAGGAUCGUCAAUUGGACGAGUUGCGCGAUAAGGAAUCACAACUGCUUCGGGAGGUAAUGCGUAUGCGGGAAACGAUUCAAUCCCUUACCGAUCCUGAGUUGAGUCCGUUGAAUGAUCAUAGCUGUCGCGAACAGUUGGAAGCGCUGGAAACAGAUCGGCAACAGAUGACGGAAGAGCUUGUUAAACUGCAUGAGGGUAUGAAAAUGCUUGAGAUGGAAAAGAGCACUUUGUCUCGUGAGCUGGAAAAGCAUCGGAAAGACACAUCACAGUUGUUGACAUGUUCCGAAGGAGAUACCGUAACGUAUGUGUGGAAUCCCCUUUAUGCGCAGUACACCAUUGUGCAGGUAUCAGAUUUCAUCUACUUCAUGCACGAAAGCAGCUAUAAGGAACUGGCCAUAAUGCCACCAGUAAAGAAUGAGCUACCAUCAGUUUUGUUCGGUUUUGGGACAGUUAUGCGCAAGGACUUUUGUCAUGCACGUAAAGAUGAUAACCGGUACGGCGUUUCACGAGGUACCCAAUUCUAUCGCGUAAAGCUAAAGGCUGCAAGUGUUGCAAAGAAGAGUAAAGGUCGCCCAUGGUCGAGUAGAGCAGAGUCAUAUCAACAACCUCCCACGGCUGUGGUGACGAUUGAAAUGCAAUCAAGCAGUAAUACGGCACCAAUUAACAGCAGUGUCACCGGUAGGUUGAUAGAUUCUUUUGCACAAACGGAACAACCGUCAUCAUCUUCAACCACGGUAUCGACGGAGGCCAUGCUGAUCGGGACAUCGAUCGGAGACGGUAGUAAAUCGCCGACCGGUACUAGUCGCGACAUGAUCGACUCUGGUGUGGUCGAGCAGCAGCGCAGCAGCUAUCGUGAGCGCAACAUUAGCAUCACGGAUGAGGACGAUUUGGUAGCUGGGAUCGGAUCGACUGGUAGUAUCGAUCGUAUCCGCUAUCAGAGCGUCUGUGAGGAGGACGAUCCAGCCGGUGAGGAUGAUACGGACGGUGGCCUUCCGGAAAGCACCGGUGGUAGCAGCAGUGCGACGGAUUAUCCGUCUUGCUACACAAGCGCCACUUCCAUAGUUGCCAUUCGCACAGCUGCGUUACGCACCAUGACGGGCUCUCAGAUGCGAGGUUCACCAUCGCUCGUCACUGCAACUUCAGCACCGACCAUCAUCGCCGACAGUGGUAACAACAGUGAAGCGUCCACUGCCAGCGUCCACACUCAUCCGCUUUCCACCAACAACGACUCACAGCCGGCACAAUCGUCGCUGACGAUCGAAAGUGGCGGUGCCGGGUACGGAUCAAUCGCUGAUGAUGUGAGCGAUUCGGCCGACUCCGAGUAUCGGUCGCUUGAAGGCAACGAUCCGGAGGACAGUGACAGUGCAGCGGCUCCACUGCCCAAAACACAAGACGAUCGUAGCGACCAUUAAGUGCAUUGGUUUUAAGUUAAACAAUAUUAAAGCUUCGCUAUAAUACUGGAGAAUGCAAGAGUGGCCGUGUGAGGUUUCAGUAUCUGGUAACUGAAUGUUUGAGCAAUUGCUUGUGUGGUUUUUAGGGUUUUGUGUCCGCAUGUGUGUGUUAUACCAUAUGUAAUAACAACGUGGGUGUGAUUUCAUUAUGCUUUGUAUUAGAAAAAAAUAAUCAAUUUUGCGUAAUGUUCCAAAAAGUUUAAGAUAGCUUAUGUUACUGUCUUGGUUGUUUUUUUGAUAAUUUCAUUACUAACUCUGUACUUCAUUCAUACGACAUUAUUGGCUUGGGAAGGUGUUUAUCCUUCAGCACAGCACAGUAUGACCUGUAUUGGUGAUCUUUAUGAAUGAAUCUUUACAUCAACUACACGAAAUCAAUAGCAAAACACAGCAGAACCGUCUACAAUUGCCUCAUUCACACAUCUGUGCACAUCUUUGCGAGAUUAAGGAAAGGAAGGGAGCACAUUUUUGAGGGAAGAAAACACUAUACAUUCAGCAACAGUCGGCGUAAUGCGUGAUACAUGAAGAGCGUGAACCAACCCGGGCAGCGAUGCCCAGCUCUCUAAAGGAACUGUAAAUUAUCUCCUUUUAGUCUUUUGCUAACAUACCCCCUGCUUUUCUAUUACGAAUACGAAUUCCUUCUCUACCAAACAAUCACGAAUGCAAAUGGACGAUUUAGGGGUGAAUUGGAUGCUUACGAUGUGGUAGUUGGAGAUUGCUUCGAACCAAUGCAUGGUGGACAUACAAAUGAGAGCAGGGAAUGUAAAGGAUUGUUAUAACUAAUUUAAGUAGCCGAUGGACAAAAUCCUGAAUACACAGAUAUCUCGGUAACACGUAUGAUAGAAUGCUUUGAAAUAAGAAGAAACGUGUGUGGCGAUCGUGCGUGUGUGAAGUGACUACGUAAGCGAAGACAAACAAGUUGAAGGCAGUAGUACGUAAAAACAUAAAGAAAGAAGAUAGACAUUUAGAACAAUUCAACUGUUACGCUUAUGUUCAAUGGCUGCAGGGGACCUGAAGUGCGUUAUUGUGGCGUCAGUAAUUUGAGUAAGAGGAGAUGAAAUGUGUGUGUUGAAAUCUCGUGCCUGCCAAUGUGAAACUAAGAAGGACGCUCUACAUUGGAGCUAAGCUGGCGAAGGUGUAACACCACCCACCUGUGAAAGGACAAGUUGACGUUUGUAAAUGUGUUUUAAUGGGCUUGACGACAGCAGACCAACCGGCGCAUUAAAAAAAACUGUAUCAAUAGUAAGAAAGGCAUACAUUAGAAGUCCAAUUUUCGGUUCGACACAAGAUAAGCAGGUUUUUGAUUCUCGCGGGAUUUCAUGAAAGAGCACGGAAGACGGGAAUGAAUGAUCACACUAUAAAGUUGUAAAGUAUGUGUUCGUAUUGAAGGUGAUAGCAUGUAGAAAUGGAACACUUCGUAAACGAAGCUGUGUCGCUAGAAUGAUUAUUAUUUGAUUAGGUUAAGAUUUUGUCACACCGCUAAUGUUUGCUACUAUCGAUAAACAAUUACCGUAAGUACUAUUGCAACUGUUCAUAGUGAUCUGAAAAAAAAAAACAGCGGCUAUCCGUUUAUCGGACGUGAUAUGGCAGAAGCAAACCGUGGGAGAA